UCAUCGAUUAUCAACAAUCAUGGCGCUCAGCACGAACGGGCGGAUCAGCCUUUACUGUUUUUGUUUAGCGGCUAGCGUCGUAUUUAUUUCACUUAUUGGAUUUUUGAGUCAAUUGCUGUACUACGUGGUUGAAGAUUACUGGUUACUACUAGCGGCCGUGUACUCCGUAUGCAUCCACGGAGUCCUGUACCUGUUCUACAAGCCGCGUGGGUAUGCGUACAAGAUCGUGUGGCGAGCGGCCUUGUUGGGCACGGGCUGCGGCGUGGGCGUGCUGACCACGCUGCACGCCUCGGAGUCGUGGCGGGUGUUCGGCUGGUACCUGACGGCGCUGAGCGUGUUCCACUUCUCGGAGUACUUCACGACGGCCGUCACGAACCCCAAGUCCCUGAGCCUGGACUCCUUCCUCCUCAACCACAGCAGGGAGUAUGGCGUGGCCGCCGCCUGUAGCUGGGUCGAGUUCCUCGUGGAGAGGAGCCUCUUCCCCGGGCUGAAACAGGUCUGGUGGGUGAGCGUUCCAGGCCUGCUCAUGUGCAUCGUCGGGGAGGUGCUGCGAAAGUCGGCCAUGCUGACGGCCGGCACUAACUUCAACCACAUCAUCCAGAGUCACCGGGAGGCCGGCCACGUGCUGGUCACCCACGGCGUGUACACCUUGUGCCGCCACCCGUCCUACGUCGGGUGGUUCCUCUGGUCUGUCGGCACCCAGGUGGUGCUUGUCAAUCCCCUGUGCAUCAUCGCCUAUGCUUGUGCUUCGUGGAAGUUCUUCAAGACAAGGGUCGAAGAGGAAGAGAUCACGUUACUCAACUUCUUCGGAGAAGACUACGUCCAGUACCAGAAAAGGACGUGCACGGGUCUGCCCUUCAUUCGUGGGUUCCGUGCCGAAUACUGACAAUCCCUGCUGGCAAGAACCCCGCAGCCCGCUCGUCCGAAGUGAUCCCGGGACCGAUUCCUACGGGCAAGGCGUUCUUUGCGACAGCGGUUCUCUAUGCCCGCUAAUGUGCCAUCUCCGAGAACAAUCCCAGUCUUGUAAAUUUUGCUUCACUUGCACCUCUCUGGCCGAACCUCAUUGUACAGUACUGUGUGAAGGACGUAGAGGAUGCAUCCUCGAUGUAUCGUUGGGAUUUGGGGUUGGUCCAUCAAGAGGUAUGUACACUUUGCGCAAAGUACUUCGGCAUAAAUCACUAAAAUAUGUCGUGGCAUUGGGAUUACAGGUGUAAUCCCAGUAACUCACCAAUGCACAUCGUCGUACUGUAGGCAGUUUAAUUUUAACGAAUUUCCAGGAUAGGAGGAGUUGCAGAAAUCGAUCUCACGAAAAUGCAGUUUGCUAGAGGAUCACCAUCCCAUUGCAGCUGCUCCAUCUUUGUAAAAUCUGUUAUCGCAGAAAUAUUGAGCCCACGAAAUGCAGGUUACGAGAAUUGAUGUGUGUUGUGUGUGCACAGGUCAAGUAAAUGUCUUACUACUGCUGCA